ACUUAUUCUGCAUUCGAUUGGUCGUCAUUGAAUCGUGCGACGAUUUAUAAUUUUUCAACCAUUUAAGAUAUUGAUAUAAAAGAACGAUCGUAAUCCUUAAAUAAUCGGUUUUCUCAAUAAAAUUCUUCGUGGAAGACGUAGUUUUUAUUCGUAAUGUGUAUGUGAGUGAUUUGAAAGAUAUGGAAAAUAGUUAACAUUGACUGUCAAGCAAGAAAAAUAAUAGCAGUGGCCUCCAAACUUGUAAUGGAAUCUUAUUUCAUAGCGACUUCCAAACGAAAGAAAUCGGCUCUGGAGGGCUACAAGUGAGUUAUGUUGUUGUUAAACUAGUUCGUGAAUACGUCGGUUGAUCGGUGAACGCUGGUCGACGUUUUAUAUGCGCGUAACGGUGACAUGAGCACGAAUAAGAGGCGCGGAGGAGCUAGCAGUUGUGCCGUGCCCGGGGUGCCCGCGCUGGCCGUAUCCACCGUGCCCACCGCCAUGUCGGCCGACCUCGCCUCGCUGUUUGAAUGCCCUGUGUGCUUCGACUAUGUUCUCCCGCCCAUCCUGCAGUGCCAGAGCGGGCACUUGGUGUGCUCGAGCUGCCGACCCAAGCUGUCGUGCUGCCCGACGUGCCGCGGGCCCCUCGGCAACAUUCGCAACCUCGCCAUGGAGAAAGUUGCUAGCAAUGUAAUGUUCCCCUGCAAACACUCCAACACCGGCUGUACUGUGACCCUGGUGCACACCGAGAAGGCCGAGCACGAGGAAGCCUGCGAGUUCAGACCCUACUCCUGCCCCUGUCCCGGGGCCUCCUGCAAAUGGCAGGGUGGCCUGGAUCAAGUGAUGCCUCACCUUAUGAUGUCACACAAAAGCAUCACAACCCUACAAGGCGAAGACAUAGUUUUUCUGGCUACUGACAUAAACCUACCUGGAGCAGUAGAUUGGGUGAUGAUGCAGUCUUGCUUUAAUCAUCACUUCAUGCUAGUUCUGGAAAAGCAGGAGAAGUUUGACGGGCAUCAGCAAUUCUUUGCUAUAGUGCAGCUUAUAGGUUCUAGGAAGGAGGCGGAGAACUUUGCAUACAGGUUAGAGCUGAAUGGCCACCGUCGUAGGCUGACCUGGGAAGCGAUGCCGCGCUCCAUACAUGAAGGUGUCUCCUCCGCUAUCAUGAACUCUGACUGCCUCGUCUUUGACACAUCACUGGCUCAGCUUUUUGCUGACAAUGGAAACCUUGGCAUAAAUGUCACAAUAUCUAUUGCCUAAAAUUAAUAUUGCCACAUUAGAAGUAGAAAGCUGCCAGAAAAACUUAUUUCAUUGGCUGUAAAGAAUAAUCUAAUUAUAUUUAAAAUGUCAGUGAAAUAGAAGUGUAAAAGAUCUCUUAUGAAUUAUAUAUAGACAGUGUUUGAAAUUAUCAAACUGGAUUUAAUACUUUGUUACGAUUCGCAUUGUUUACAGUUUCCUGACUUUGACAUGUUUAUAUUUGAUAGGACAUCAUAAGCCAAAUGUUUUUUUAUUUCAUUAUCAUUUUGUAUAUGUGUGUUCACUUUAGUGUUAAGUAGUGGAAAGUUUAAUCGGAGCAAAACGCUUCCGAAACGCCUUGUAAACAUAGAUUAUAAAUUAUAACAAAUUAUGACCUCUCAUCAGUGAGGGACAGUGAUUCCUUUAUUCCAAAAUAUGAACAAAUAUUAUUUGUGUUGUUAACAUUUAAUCAUUUGUAUAUAGUGUAAUUUUAAGAGGUUUGAGCAAUUUCUAUGCAAUUAUAACUGUGUGGUUGCUUUUGAAUCAAAAGGUGCUGAUACACUUGAGCAUUCACUUGUAAGGAGCAUUCUCACCAACAGAAUGUAAGUACAGUCAGUCCUCUAACAUAAGUAUCUACUUUUCUAUACAAUUAGUAUGGCGACGUGGGUACUUAAGUUGGUGCACCAACCGUACUAGCGUUUGUCGAUUAAUUUGCCGAAACUGCUUACAAACUGAAUGCUCAAUGUUCUGCUUGAGUGAAUGCUCAAGUCUAUUAGUACCUUAAUUUAGUGCUGGUAUUGACUGAGCUCAGGUCAUAAGGACUGAUUACCAAACCCAGUUAAUUAUUUGGUUGAUCAACUAUUUCUAAUUGAAUAAUCUAGUACUCACAGAAAAGUGAGAAAGAUACCUCUCAUCACCACCAAGCAUCUCAUUGGGUUCAAGCCCUUAGUCCCAAACCUUGCUGCUUCUUUCGGCCAUCAAUCUAUCUAUACAAUAAAAUGUACAUCUUUACCAUCUAUAUAUUUACCCGAAGCACAAUAAAUAAUAGUACUAGGUACAGAAGACUCACUCUCUAACAAAACGCGUCUGUUACGAUCAGCACAGAUAUGGCCGCUAGGUGGCGACAGCGCCACGCGUGGCUUAUGUCUUUCCCCCAAAUUGGGACGGAACGGAUGUACUUUUAGCUAUCUGCAGCAAAGCGAGCAGUGAGCCAUGCCUGCCCGAAGCAAUUAUUAAAUGUAAAAUAUCAAACAAAAUCAAAUCAAAUCCAAAUGAAAUUUACCGCACUAUGUAAAUAAAUACUGAUGAACUAACUGUUGACAUGUAAAAUAUUACUUUUUACCAAUAAACGCAUAUCGCAAUAUCUAUCUAUCUAAUGUUAUUAAAUAUUUAUCAUCCAAAAUCAUCAUUUAAAAAUAAAUUCUACCAGCAAA